CAAUUAGCUUUCCUGGCAUUUUUAAAUAUUUUAUUAUUAUAUUUUUAUCACGUGGUCUUUCUGUUUGUGAAUCAAAAAUGGUAGAAAUGUAUGUAGAUUUUCAUCACAAUGAUGGAAAAAUUUAUUUUUGGUUUGAUGAUGAAAGAAAAAGAAAUUCCAAAUAUAAUCAUGUAUCUUUCAAAUUAGAUUCAUUUAAAUAUUUAGAAAAGGUUAUGAAAGAGGAAGAAAAACACAUUGAAGAAGGAGAAAUUGAUCGAGAAGAUUUUAAGAUAAAAUGUCUUAAGGAAAAUUGGCAUAUUUUUCUUGUCAU